UCAAAGGACAAGUUUUUUAUUUAAUAGAAAAACCGGACGAGAAACUUUCGAACUGGCCGUCCAGUAAGCGUUGUCUUGCAAUUAGUAGAGCAGGUGACAUUACAUCAUCCUUACCAGUCAUGUUCGAGGCCAGACCUCGAUAACACGCGUAUCUGUCUAUUUGUUCUGUUUGCUGUGAAUUACGGAUAAAGCAAAUAAAUAUUAUAACUCAAACAGGUAUUCAAAUUAAGCAAUUGUGUUUUAAGGGCAUAGAAUUUUCAAGCUCCUUUUGCGCUAAUAGAAAAUUGAAUACUUAGUGCAUAGCGCUACUAAAUUCUACAGGACUAACGGUACAAAUAGAAUACAAACAGCGAGAGAAAGCGUAGAGGAUUGCCAACCGAGUGAAAGCAAGCGUCAGUGCACCCGCCGCGCCGCGUCGGACGGACGAAAACAUAACCUCAAAAUGUUCGCGAUUGCGUCUCUCGCCGCUCUAACCACCGCCGCAGCCGUUUACUGGUACAUAAACAGACACAAACCUUUAAAACACAUCCUAAGUGAACUACGUUACACUUUAGACAUGCAAGGAGCGGGCGUUGGAGGACUUAUAGACGACUGGGUGAACGUAAGGAGGAACAAGGUAGUGUUGCCAGAUGCAAGGAAAAAAAUUGCCGUUAUAACUGGCGGCGCUCGCGGAAUAGGAACGGAAGUCAUAAGAGGACUGCUCAAAGCGAACAUGAUUGUAAUUAUGGGAAUAAGAAAACCAGAACAGAGCAAGAAACUCGUCGAAAGUAUGGAAAAUGGGGAGAAUCUGCAAGCUUACGAACUGGACUUGCAAUCAUUGAAAUCAGUGAAAACAUUUGCAGAAAAUGUUAUCAAGAAAUAUCCCGAAAUCCAUAUUCUAGUUAACAACGCAGGGAUUAUGUUUGGCGAUUAUAAACUCACUGAGGAUGGCGUAGAAACGCAAUUGCAAGUGAAUCACUUGAGUCAUUUUUAUUUGACCCACUUAUUGUUGCCAGCUUUAAAAAAGGGGGGUUCCCUUGAGGAGUCUUCGCGGAUAGUCAAUGUUACAUCUUGCGCGCAUUAUCCAGGAAAAAUCUACUUCGAUGACAUCAAUAUGAAGGAGCAUUACGAUACGACUGCAGCAUACGCGCAGUCAAAACUGGCGCAGCUCAUGAGUGCCAGAUACAUCAAUCACCUGUUAAGCGAAGAAGGUUGCAGAGUCAAAAGCUAUGCCGUCCAUCCCGGUAUUGUCGACACGGAUCUUUUUGAAAAAACUUUAUUCAGGCAAAUGUUCCCUUGGGCUAUGAAGCUAUUCUUCAAAACUCCAGAGAAAGGUGCUAUUUCCAUCCUCCAUGCUUGUUUCAAUAAAGAGUUGGGAGAAAAAGGAGGUUUAUACAUUAGUAAUUGCAUAGAAGGGAUCAGUAAUAGGUUCUCAAAGAAUACUGAUCACCAGAAGCGAUUGUUUGAACUGUCUUGCAAAUUAGUUGAUUUAAAUGAAGAGGAUUUUGGUAAACGUUAAAAUAGGAAAUUUUUCUAGUCUUUUCAAUCUACAUCCAAAUAUGGUA